AUGGAGGCGGACGAGGAUUUUGUAGGUUGCAUUAGUUGCUUGAAUAAAAAAGAUUUAUGCGACCUAUUUGCUGUUUACGCUAAAAAUGAAGAAACCUACGCGCAAAUGUUAAAAACUUGUUUUGAUAUUAAGGUUUCGUAUGAUAACAAGUUCAUUUGUUCCGAUUGCGCGGAAACACUGGAGAAAGCCGCCGCUUUCAAAAAUCAAACUAGUAAAAACUUGGCAAUGCUGCAAAGUACUAAAGAUGAGGAGUAUCUAGAUGAAUCAAUCCUGGAAGAAGCAGAAAGUGUAUCCUCAGAACAAUGUAAUUCCAAUAAGAAAUCAACUAAGACACAGUAUGUAGCUUCUAAUUCUGAGGACGUUGGUGACGAGGACCUCGAGAUUCAAGCAUUGGAUGACACCAUCUGUAUUUACUGCAACGUCCAACUCCCCACCGCUGACGAAAUAAGUCACCACAUCCGCGUCGUGCACGGGCUCGAGCCGAAAACUGGGAUGCAGAUUCGGGAAUGCUCUUUAUGCGGUGCUUCGUUGAGGAAUCUGGCUGAUCAUCUUAACAGAUGCCACAACUCAAACUUGGAGAGAGAAGAAAGACAGUACGCGUGCCAUUUCUGCGACAACGUCUACAACAGUAAGAAGGCCUGCUUCACUCAUUUGCGAAUGAAACAUGGAUUGAAGCUCUGUAACGAUCACACACCGAAUUAUUCGUCGAGCGAUCGAAAGAAGUGUCACAUUUGUCAGCGCGACUUCAGUCAGAAGCAGAUACUCAACAACCAUUUGUGGAAAGCACAUGGAUACGAGAGAUCUCCAUUAGCUCUCAACGUUUCAGAAUUUAUGUUGUUCAAAAGCGCCAUACAAGAAGAGACCAAAUUCCGGUUCCGGAAGACGACCGCCAGCAAACAGACUAUCGAAGGCGUUCGAUCGCAUUACAUGUGCAGUCAAUCGGGGAUAUAUGUUUACCAGGGUAAAGGUAAGCGGCCGACUCCCGAACGCCAAAUAUAUAAAACGGGUAAAGCCUGCCCGGCACACAUGAUAGUCACAGAGACGCUGGAUAGAGUUCUCGUGACGUUCUACAAGACGCACGUCGGACAUGGAACCUGUCCGUAUUAUGAGCCACGGGAGCCCAAACCAGCCAAAUGCGAGCAAUUGGAAAUGGACGCCCCACAGUUGAUAUGCGACGCGUGUGGGGUUGGGUUUUUAAACGUAGACAAGUUCAAAACCCACGUAGCUUCGCACGGACUUAAGCUGUACCCGUGCGAGCACUGUGAUGACCUUUUCCAAAACGUUGACGCCUGGACCCGUCAUGUGAGAAUCGAGCACGAUGAUAGUAAUUUGUAA